UGUGUUGUCAUUCUGUUUUUGUUUACAAUAAAAUUUACAGUUUGCUGUUUAGGUCGCCCAAAAUUUUAAAUCCCUAAUCAAAUUAUGGACGAUCAAGUAUGUCCGCGGUGUAAGACAACCAAAUAUCGUAAUCCGUCCCUUAAACUUUUGGUCAAUGUUUGCGGUCACACUUUAUGCGAAAGUUGUGUGGAUCUGCUGUUUUUGAAAGGAGCUGGAGCCUGUCCUGAAUGCAAUGUUCCCCUGCGGCGCAGCAAUUUUCGAGUGCAAUUAUUUGAGGAGCCAAAGGUUGAGAAAGAGAUCGACAUUCGGAGAAGAAUACUGAGGGACUACAAUAAGAAAGAGGAAGAUUUUGCCACCGAAGAGGAAUACAAUGACUAUCUCGAAGAAAUGGAAUGCAUCGUGUACAAUUUAUGCAACAACAUCGACAUAGUGAACACCAACAAGAAGAUCGAACAAUACAAGAAAGACAACCGUGACAUUAUAAUGAAAAAUAAAAGUCGUUUAGGCCGAGAGGAAUACGAAUUGGAAAUGGAAUUGGAACGGGAGAAGCAGGUCGAAGCCGAUCGAAAGAAGGAAUUGCAGCAAAUCGAACAGGACUUGAAGAAGCGUCAGAUCAAAGAAAAAGAGGCACUGAUCGACGAACUAAUGUCUAGUCAUGCAGAUGCGGCGUCAAUUGUCAGCGACUAUGCUAAGCAAGCGGAAAAAAUUCGCGAAGAAGCCAAAGUGGUGCCGGUAAAUAAGAAUGAAUUUUCCACCGGCGUUAAAUUUGGUCAGCAGGCUUUCCUGCCAGUGCCGAAAGUUGAAGAAGGACCAAUGUACGCCUACAAAAAGCCAAUCAUUAUUACCGACGGACCGCAACCACCGAAAACGGAAGAAAUCGAGUCCAAGGGAUACAUUCAGUUUAUACGAGCUGAGAAUGCCGUUGAACGAGCUGGUGGCUACAGAUCAAUCAUAUCCUGCCAACGAGCACUGCAAGAGGCAUUACAAGGACUGUUUCAUUCUAAAUGAGUUUGGUCGACUGCCAAUUGGGGGACUGAUAAAUUUCUAUUAAUUUCGUAGCCUUUUGUUCAUUAACUUGUUGAUAAAUGCGUAACAGACGUAAGUGACACCAUU